GUGUCAAAAAGCUAUUACUGAGAAAUAAUGAAAAUGCCUCUGCAGAGUGAUUCAAGGUUUUGCUUAUUUGAGUCUCUGUAAUCAUUACUGUUUCAUAGAUUAGCCAAAAACUCAGAUAUAAGAUUAAGGGAAGGGUUUUUGUGGGGUUUUUUAGUUUUUUCUUCGUCAAGUUGAAGCAAUUUUUAAUUCCACAAGCUUGAGAUGGAAAUUGCAGAGCAAUUACACCGCCAUUGAAGAAAUUUUCAGAUGAAAAGCUCUUUUGGGCACCACCCAACAGAAGAUAUUUGAUAAUUUAACAGUUUCUUGUUAUUUUAUUGAUCUGCAGAAGAACAGAGGUAGAAGGUAAAGGUGGAGGUAAAUGAUUCAGGCCUUUUGGAGCACAACACGAGAAUGAUUUUUGAAGAAACCCAGCUAAUGCUUAUCGUCAUCACAUCAGUUUUCCUAGUUAUAUCAACUAGAGCUCAUAGACAUAACUCAUUGGCCCAAUGCCAGAAAUCUUGUGGAACCGGUGAGUCAACCAAGUGGGUUCCUUACCCAUUUGGUUUCUCGGAUAGUUGCAGUAUUCGUCUUAACUGCGACCACCAGACGGGAGACAUCAGAAUCGGAGAUUUUAAAGUGCAAAACAUAACCCCAAAUGGCAUCUUUAUAUUUCUUCCAGCAGAAUGCAACCGCUCUCUUGAAUCGAUUCAACCUCUGUUUGGCCAGUACUACUCGCCGGCAUGGAGUAACGGCAUGCUUCUGCAAAAUUGCAGCGCGUCUUUAAACAAUUGCCUUAUACCCCCAAGUUCCUUCUCGAGCCAGUUAGAGAUACAGAAUUGCGACGCUAAAAGUGACAACAUAAGCUGCUAUUCUAGGGAGAAAUCGGGAAUAGAUAUCUUGCGUUAUGAGAAUUUGAACUCCACUCAUUGUAAGUUCGUGUUCUCUUCGUUUGCUGUUGGGUCAAAUAACCCAGUGCUUUCUCUGGAGUUCGAGCGCGUCGAGUUGAACUGGUGGCUCCAAGGGAAUUGUGCAGCUGAUCCUUGCGCCAAAAAUGGGAAUUGCUCAGAAGUUACGCUUGAUAAUGGGAUGAGAGGCCAUAGAUGCCAGUGUAAUGAAGGGUUCACCGGAGAUGGGUUCAAAUCGGGUGAGGGGGCGGAAGGUUGCCGGAGCGUUUCCGGAUGCAAUGCUUCAAAGUACAUCAAUGGGGAAUGUGGUGGAACUACUAGAAUCGGUGUUCUUGUUGGAGGGGUUAUUGCUGGAGCUGUGUUAAUGGCCGGUCUCGCCCUCAUUUGUUACUUUGUUCGACGGCGGUCUACUUCUUUGAGAAACAGGUUGAGUGCAAAGCGACUUCUUUGUGAAGCCGCAGGCAAUUCUAGUGUUCCCUUUUAUGCCUACAAAGAAAUUGAAAGAGCUACAAAUGGCUUCUCAGAGAAACAAAGGCUGGGAACUGGAGCCUACGGUACAGUUUAUGCAGGAAAGCUCCAUGAUGAUGAUUGGGUUGCCAUAAAAAAGAUCCGACAUAGAGAUACUGAUAGCAUUGAUCAAGUCAUGAAUGAAAUUAAGCUUCUUUCCUCUGUUAGCCAUCCAAAUUUAGUUCGCCUUUUAGGUUGCUGCAUAGAGGAAGGUGAACCAAUCCUUGUCUAUGAAUUCAUGCCUAAUGGAACCCUGUGUCAACAUUUACAAAGAGAGAGAGGCAAAGGGCUUCCAUGGACGAUACGGCUCACCAUUGCUGCUGAAACUGCUAAUGCUAUUGCCUACCUUCAUUCUGCCAUGAACCCACCAAUUUAUCACAGAGACAUCAAAUCUAGCAACAUACUCUUAGAUUACAACUAUAAGUCUAAGGUAGCUGAUUUUGGCCUUUCUAGACUCGGCAUGACUGAGUCAUCUCACAUCUCAACAGCGCCACAAGGGACUCCAGGCUAUCUUGAUCCUCAAUACCAUCAAUACUUUCACCUUUCUGAUAAAAGUGAUGUUUACAGCUUUGGCGUGGUUCUUGUAGAGAUCAUAACCUCACUGAAAGUAGUUGAUUUUUCUCGACCUCACACCGAGGUAAACUUGGCUGCACUGGCUAUUGACAGGAUCGGAAGAGGUUGUGUUGACGAGAUAAUAGAUCCAUAUCUUGAUCCACAUAAGGAUGCUUGGACAUUAUCGUCCAUCCAUAACGUGGCUGAGCUUGCAUUUAGAUGCCUUGCUUUCCAUAGGGAUAUGAGGCCUACAAUGAUGGAAGUAGCAGAAGAGCUAGAGCACAUCAGGCUUAGUUCAUGGGUUCCAAACCUGUACUCAGCUUCACCAGCCGCAUCUUCUUGUUCCUCACCAGACAACGGAAGCGAGAAGUCAUUUGGUGUUUCCUCAGUUAAGGCCGGUGUAACUAGCCGGAGAGUGCUUGUUCCACAGAGGGCAGCAGAUUGUUUGACUUCAUUGGAGGAAGUGAAAGAUAGUUCACCUGUUUCUGUGCAAGAUCCUUGGUUAAGCGAACAGAGUUCACCUUCAAUUAACAGUUUGUUGGGUAAUGCAGUCCAGUGACAAAAAGCUGGUUUGUUUCAGUGCUUGGCUUCAAAUACUUCCUGUGAAUACAAUUGAGGUGUCUUGCAGUUUUCAAUUACUUAAUACUUACAGGUCUCUUACAGCGAUAUAUGUUUUUCGUAUAAUCUAUUCUCUUUCAAAAUUUUUUCUUUUUUGCAAUGUAUUGACAAUGUUGAAAAGAAAAUGGUGCAGAAGCCAUCACUUAAUAGAUUCUGCAAAUAUUAGCAAGAAUGUGAAAUUGAAAGUUGUGUGCA